UUACUCUUCUCAUCUCUGCCUGUCCUUUUUUUUUUGUCGCCAUCGCCUAAAGCAUGGAUCUACUCAGCAUCCGAUCUCAUUUCUCAGAGAGUGCCCGCCAGGCGGCUGGCACGUUUCUGACCCCACUCACCAAUGCCAUCGGAGAACAGCGUCGACUAGUCGAGAGCCUGGCAGUUGUCUCGAAAGUUAGGGUCGAGGAAUGCAAGCACAUGAUGACUUGGAGCAAGUACCAGACAGAGGAUCUCGGGGACGUCCUGUUGAAGCUGAACCUCCUCAUUCGCAAGAUCAGCGACUAUGAGAUCCGCUUCGGAACCCAAUACGAGGGGUUUCGCGAAAAGAUAAAGUACCUCCGCACCAAGGACGACACAUUGUGCGAGAUGGGACGCCGCCAAACGGAUCUGCAGACCAAGAUUGUGGAAGCCUCGAAAAGUCGUUUGCGAUCAGCGAAAGCAAUGCUACUUCAGAAGGAGCUGGAGGACAUCCAAAAGGAGAACGAGCCCCAGGAGACCCAGCUUCAGCACCUCAAGCGCAAACUCAUCAAGGACGCAUACACAGAGCAACUGAACGCUAUUGUUGAACUUGGCAAGAAGAUGCAGAUCAUUGGUCAACAUGGAUUGAAGCUGCUGGACCAUAUUGACUUGACCUGCUCUACUGAUUCAUAUGAUGAUGGCCGCAAGACGGAGUACAUUCUUCGGGAGGCCAGGAUUGCACUCGAAAAUUGGGAUCAGUUGAUUAUAGCCGACUCCAAGUUGGGACCGGUCCAUCCACCUCCACCUGCAGUUGUUCUGUCUGAGGCAUUUUCAGAUCCGAUUGCAACAAGCAGCUCUAAAAACUCUUCGUCGGCAGCCUCUUUGAAAGGGAGCGCCUCUGUCGCAGUGACAAAAAAUGCCCCACCUCUACCACCUCGAUCACCCGAUAUUACCCCGGUACCGGGAACACCGAAACCUGAGCGGGACACCACGAAAGAAGGCGUUUUAGAACAGGAGAGAUUGCGGCGUCUGGAGGAACUGGAGAUCAAGCAGGCCAUGGAAUUGAGCCUGGCUGAACGCCCUGUCAAGGGCAAGGAUAUUGAUGAUCUCAACCUUUCAGCCGAGGAACUCAGUUUUGUUAUGGGCGAGCUGGAGGAAGAAAGGCUGAAGAAGACUAACAAAUCUAUGAAGGACAGCGGGGCCGUUAAGGGAGGAAAGAAUGCCGAUCACGGACAUGACCUGGUCGCUGCUAAGGCGGCAACAGCGCCCAAAAUUAUUAGGAGUCCUCAGGUUGCCGAAACUACUGAUCAUCUCCAGUCGCAUCAAGCCCCACGGCCAUGGGUAUCCGUGAAGAAGCCAAAGAGGCCCGAAGACGAGACAUCGACCCCAGUAGCAGAGGAACUUGAGGGGUCAUCAACUUCAGUAGCAGAGGAACUUGGGGGGACAUCAACUUCUGUAGUAGAGGAACUUGGGGGAUCGUCGGCACCAGCAGAGACGAUGGGCGAGGACGCGCACAAGCCGAUUGUGCGCAGAAACACAGCGGCAUCUUACUACAAGGCGUUGAAGAGCAUGAACGAACCCCCACCACCACUCGAGAGCAUGGGCAGUGAAUCAGAGGUGGCCCCAGAGAGUAUGGGCCAUGAUGACGGUGCCCCAUAUAUGGUCAUGCCCCAGGUGCCGGCUUUGGACGAGAUUCGACGAGAAAAGAUCCAGACAAACCAACUGGCGCAGCAGCAGCAACAGCAAGACCAGCAACUAUCAUCGCCAUUCCCACUCUCGCCUGAACUGCAGUACCUUCAGGUUCGGGAUUCGCCGCAACUUCCGCACCAGACAACACCCCCUGGCUCCUUCCGUGCGGGCAAUUCGCUCUCGCUCCCUACUGCACCGACUGGCACCCUGAACGCAGCACCGAUGGGAUCAUACCAGACGCCUAUACCUUACAGGCCUACAACCACAUAUGUUCCACAUGGACCCAAGGCAAGAAACCGCCUUUCGGGCGGCCCAAUCACGCCACCACCUUCUGGCGGCGAUUCAGCCCUCCAGAGUCAGCUCGCACACCAGAAGGCAUAUCAGCUGGCGCACCAAAAGUCGUACCAGCAGUCAUAUCAGGAAACAUACCAGCAUUCGCGUCAACAGGACAAUGACUCCAGACACUCUCAGCCGCACCCUCAGCCAGGUUACUCAUCACAGUACCAACAACAUCAACAGCACCAGAACAUGCAACACCAACAGAAGCAGCUACAGGACUUCUAUUAUACCCCGCGCGAGCAGGCUUAUCAGCAAUAUCAACAGCAGAAUCCCGCUACGAAUACAUCACAGCCUACGGCUUGGAACUGGAGUUAUCCGGUGUUCAACUCGGACUAUCAAUACAAAGAGGAGCAUUAUGGAGACUCGGAGGGGCCUUCUCCAGCGCCCUCGCACAUAUCCCUCAUCCCUGACACAAGUGCAUCAUCGCCUGUUGGCACGCCAACGACUAGCCAUGCGUAUAAAAUGGAGCUGUGAUAGUUAGCGAGAAUGAGCAAGCAUUGAUUAAAGAAU